AUGGCGACAAUGGCAAACGAUGAGGACUUGGAAGUGCAAGCGCGGGCCAUGGCCGAAAAGACAUUGCCGAGCAGCCUUCCGCCAGCUGCUCGUGCGGCCAAGUUGCCGACUGUAACCCAGAAGAUUCUGGAAAGACUUAAGAAGCAGCGAGAUGAACAGAGCAAGGAGGCACCGGCACCGGGUGCGCCGAACCCGUCGGCAGCCCCAGUCCCAGCCCCGCCAGCCCCGCCAGCGCCACCUCCACCGCCGACAUCCCAGCAAGAGGUUGUGCGCAUUGAAGGUGUGGAGCUCUUUGGCGACGAGCUGUGGUUUGAUGAUGCUGAUACCCGGCGACGAUUGCGGGAAUCCGUGAUCGAAGCUCAUCGUGAAGAAAAGAUUUUGGUUGGGCCUCCGGCUGAUGAGGUCGAGCGGAUCUGCCCCUCCAACGGCCGAAUUCUUGGUGCUGGAGCUGUGCUACGCUUGGGAGGCGCCCACCAAGGCGGCUAUGGUGAGCAGGAUGUGGCCUACGCAUAUCGGCAAUUGGCGCGAGCUCUGCACCCGGACAAGAACCCCAACAUUCCAGCAGCAGGGGCUGCCUUCAAGCGAUUGUCCGAGGCUGCUGAUGAGCUCCGGCAAGGUUUGACAGAGCAGCGGAACGCCUUAAGGACCCUUGUGGCUUUUGCCGGCCGCCAAGCCACCUCCGAGAUGUUGGAGCGGCCACAAGAGGCGAUUUUUGCGGAAGCUUGUCGAGUGCUUCAUACUGUCAGCACCACAGCGGGUGAGGGCCACAUCGACCGUCCUGCUCUCAACCGUGCGGCCGCAAUCAAUUCGCAAAAAGCUCUGCAUUUGGCAUCAGAAUGGUUCCAAAAGCCACAACUGCUAGAGAUUUUUGGGGGUGCAUCCGUGAGAACCGCUUAUGACUGUGCGCCAAAAAGAUAUCGGGCACAUUUCCUUUGUCUCAUUAAUCGCCUCCUGGUUGUUGAAGCCAGGCAGUUUGGGGAUGGGCAUAUCCGGGCAGGAUGGAACGCCAUCAUGCAAAACUUUCCAGAGCUGGGACUCUGGCGUGAGUUCAGGGAUGCUCUCUCCGUGCAUGUUUGGGACUCUAGCAAGGAUCCGGCAGAGGAAAGAGCUUAUGCGGACGAGGAAGAAGCCAAAGAUGCAAAGGAGCCUGAGUUAGACGGCCGAACGAAAGCACAGAAGCUGCUUGAGUUCUAUUGGCAGACAUGCUCAGGGCCAACAUUUCAAACCGCGCAUGACAAACUUCGGCACCGCGGGAAGAUGACUCUGCACCUUGGCGUUAUGCAGCUCAUGGAAGAGGCCACGCAGGAGGUAGCUACUAAGUUGGGCCUCAAGGAAGGCAAGGAUUGGAAGUUCAAGCAGACGGUGGACCUGGUGAAAGAGUAUGCUGAAGACGAGGAUAUUCGAAAGAAAGCUUUGGAGCUGGAACGCAUGGUUGAUUAUCCCGCAGGGAAGCUCUUUGGUAUUCGGGAGCAAUGUGGGGGCAGUCGCAGCGCGCGACACAGCCGCAGCCGGAGUCGCCGGAGUCGCCGGAGGAGUCGGCGUCGCAGCCCAAGCCGGCGCCGGCGGCGCCGGCGAAGCCGGCGAAGCAGCCAGAGCAGCCGCAGCCGGCGAGAUCGCCGCAAUCGCCGUGAGCGAGAAGAGAGCAAGGACGGCAAGGACGGCAAGGACGGCAAGGACGGCAAGGAUGGCAAGGACGGCAAGGACGGCAACUCCAAGGAUGACAAGCGCGUCGUCCGAACGAAAAGCAAGUGGGAUGUUGCGGAAGGGGGCAACAUACGCGUUCCUGGCCGCACUGCCGACGGGAAGCCCACGUACCGUCGUCAAUGGGAUGCCAAAGAUGGCGAUGUGCGGUCCUGUGCAGCGUGGUCAAGGCCUUGGCGCCUGGCCAUUGCAGCUAUUCUGCCAGGCGGUUUUGAUGGCGCCCUGCCAUCCACACACCCUGACCUUCGCAAGCUGGUUGCCGCCCUUUGGAGGCACGUUCUCAGAUGGGAAGGGGCUGAUAGCAGAUGUCUUGGGCUUUUCAAAGCAGAUGCUCAGACACCACAGACUUUUGGCUGGGCUGGGAGAUCAAAGUCUACUCGUGGCCUUGACCCGGACUUGCCAGCGUGUGAGUGGGCGUUUGUCCCGAUGUCCGACCUCCUCUUAGUUGUCGGGGAGGGCAUUGUAGGCAUCACUUCGGAAGGCGUCUAUGCGGACAAUUUUCCUGGGCAUCAGCGUUUCACUCUGGAAGAAUACCUCACACAUGAGAAAGUCGAAGGCCUGCAAGCCGACACGUAG